AUGUAUGGGAUUCGUGUUACUGUCUCAAUGCGUUCGUCACUUCGGUUUCUUGGUGACAAUCUUCGCCGAACGAUAAUACAAGCUAAUAACGGUCAAGCUAUAGGAAAAACAGUAUACCUAACCCAUGUCAAAUGGGUAACUGGGAAACAUCAGCUGCAGAACUACUUCAGUAGGUAUGGCCAAGUACGUAGUGUAAAUAUGUUCUUUGAUGCUGAGACGGGUUUACAUCGUGGUUUUGCAUCGGUCACGUUCGAGCACCCAGAAAGUGCUACGAAAGCAAUGCAACAUCGACCACAUGUUAUUGAUGGUGAUAGGAUCGAUUUGGAGCCGUACAUACCUAUGCUGUCUAAGAAAAAGGAUAUCAUAUUGUAG